AUGUCGCGAGGUCCGGAGGAGGUGAACCGGCUCACGGAGAGCACCUACCGGUAUGUGGAGACAGUCACCUCCCGCCAGAGCGACAUCCAGAAGUUCAUCGCUGAUGGCUGCAGAGAGGCCCUGCUGGAGGAGAAGCGGCGCUUCUGCUUCCUGGUGGACAAGCACUGUAGCUUCACGGACCACAUCCACCACUACCACGUGAAGUCUGCAGAAUUACUGAGUUCCAAACUGCCCAGGUGGCAUGAAACCUGCUGUGAUGCCACCAAAGUGCCAGAGAAAAUCAUGAGCAUGAUCGAAGAGAUAAGGACCCCAAUCUCCACCCCCACAUCCAUGACGCCCCAGCCGUCGCCCAUGAUCGAGAGAAGCAACAUGGUCGGGAAGGACUAUGACACGCUUUCAAAAUACUCACCAAAGAUGCCCCCCGCUCCCUCAGCCAAAGCCUACACCAGCCCCCUGAUUGAUAUGUUCAAUAAUCCAGCCACAGGGGUGCAGACGUUAGAAAGGACAAAUCACUCAAAAGACUCAUCCGAGGACCCCAGCUUACAGCGGUCGGUGUCCGUCGCCACUGGCCUGAACCUGAUGAAGAAGCAGAAGGUGAAGACCAUCUUCCCUCACACGGCCGGCACCAACAGGACUCUGCUGAGUUUCGCAGAGGGAGACGUCAUCACGCUGCUUGUCCCCGAGGAGAAGGAUGGCUGGCUCUACGGGGAGCACGACACCACCAGAGCGAGGGGGUGGUUCCCGUCCUCGUACACCAAGCUGCUGGAGGACAGCGCCGAGGAGGCCACCACUGCGCCUGCGCCCAGCGCGGCCCCGGUGAGGAGCGUCAGCACGGUGGACCUGACCGAGAAGGGCAGCGUGGCCAUCCCGCCUCCUGACUACCUGCAGUGUCAGCCCACGCCGGACCCUGCCAAGAACACCUCCACCUUCAGAGCCCCGUCCAGACCGGACAGCGCCACGCCGAGUGAUGCAAAUGGGACUGCCAAGCCGCCUUUCCUCAGUGGAGAGAACCCCUUUGCUACUGUGAAGCUCCGGCCUACGGUGACAAAUGACCGUUCAGCGCCCCUCAUUCGCUGAAGCUCACCUGCGGAGGGCCUUCCACACACGGCUCCACCAGGGGGCGCUCACUUCCCCACAGACAGAUGCAUUUUCUCCAUUUUACCUGGCUGGGUUUAUACAUUUCUCUUUAAGAUAAAUGAAUCAUAGUUUAGCCACCAGCUCAAUCAAAAUAUUUCCUUCCUAGUAUUCUAUUCAAAAAAAUUGAGUUCCAAUUCUUCCUGUAGCUUUUAUUUUUGUAUCUUUAGUUAACAGCUAGAAUAAAGGACACACAUGUGUGCUUUGUGAGGAGCUCUCUGGGCGACUACCUGUAGAAACGGGGGUUUGCUUCGAAAAGCAUGAGCUGUUAACUAGCAUCGGGGUGUUAAAAUGCUGUGUAAGUUUGUGGCUAAGCAUGCAGAUCAUCACUUUAAGCAAUAUAAAUUAUGAGACAUGAUAUUAAAUGUGAAUUUUUUUUAACUUA